CAAUUUUUCCAGUUUCCCUCUCCUUUUCCCUGGGCUGUGUUCCCCCCUGGCCCCAGUGGGUGGGAGCAGCCGAGAGCCUCACGCUGCCCAUCCUGACCUGUCCCGGCUCCAUCCCUGCUCCUCCCGUGGGCUGUGAGGGAUUCAGGAACGGGGCACCGAGGGUGUCGCUCCUCCUGGGGGAGGAGAAGGAGGAGGAGGGACAAUCAGGGAAAGGAGAAGGAACCAUGAGGUUGUGCAUUCCUUCAAUUCACAGCCCUCCACCCACAGGUGGGAUCAUCACCCCGCAUCCCCACAGGUGACCAGAGAGGGGGAGCUCGGCCGAGAUAUCCUGGAGGGCCUCUGGGUUGAGAUUUUUGGGGGAUGUUUGGGGGGAUGUUUGGGGAAAGAAGAACUCCAAAGCUGAUCAGAAAAUGCCCCUUGGAAGGACAUUGAAGGGUCCCAGCAUCCCUAAGUGGGGAGGUGGAAAUGGGAGGAACUUUUUGGACUCCUGGCACUCCCAGCAGCCUGGGGAGGGCAGGGACCGAGUAGAUGGGGGACCCUCAGUAAAAGCGUGACCCCCAGCAGCUGGGACAGUGGGGAGCCCCUGAACACCAAAGGGGAGAGACCAGAGAUGGGCAACUCCUGGGAGGCAUUUUCAGGGCUGAAUCUUGGUGUUUGGGAGGUUUAUAUGGACCCCAGAUGCCCGGUGAUUUAUAGAGAUGGACUUGGGCAGAUGUGCCUUCAAACUUAACAUGCUCAUCCCUUGUUUCCCCCACACCAGAAUUUCUCAUUCCCAAACCUUGUCCAGAUGGAGAAGGAGACUGUGAGAAAGAGGAAAAUGCCCCAGGACACCCAGGCAGACAAGGAGCUGAGGAUGGAGACCAGGGAGGACAAAUCCCCACGGCAGAACCUCGUGGAAGAGGCCGUUUUGAGCAGCUCCAUGGUGCAGGAAUCCAAUGGUGAGGAAAAGCCCCAGAGAUCUCGUAGGAGGAGGGGCUUCAAACCCAGCCCAGGGUACUCUGAGGAGGAAAGAUCCACCCCGUGCUGGGAAAGCUGCCGGAGAUCCAGCCGGGGCUCUGAGCUGGUGGUCCAUGAGCAGCUUCAGGAUGGGGAGAAGCCCUACAAGUGCUUGGAGUGUGGGAAGAGCUUCAGCCGGAGCAACCGUCUGAUCUGCCACCAGAUGAUCCACACCGGGGAAUGGGCCUACGAGUGUGGGAAAUGUGGGAAGGGCUUCAGCUUCAGCUCCCAACUCAUCACCCACCAGCGCAUCCACACUGGGGAGAGGCCCUUCGAGUGUCCCGAAUGUGGGAAGAGGUUUCAGACCAGCUCCCAUCUCCUCCAGCACCAGCGGAUUCACACAGAGGAGAGGCCCUUCCGCUGCUCUGACUGUGGGGAGGGCUUCAAGCACAACUCCAACCUCAUCACCCACCAGAAAAUCCACACCAGGGAACGGCCCUACGAGUGUAGGGAAUGUGGGAAGAGCUUCAGCCACAGCUCCAACCUGACCAUCCACCAGAUAAUUCACAAUGGGGAGAGGCCCUACGAGUGCCCCAAGUGUAGGAAGAGGUUUCAGACCAGCUCCAAUCUCCACCAGCACCAGCGGAUUCACACAGAGGAGAGGCCCUUCCGCUGCCCCGACUGUGGUAAGGGCUUCAAGCACAACUCCACCCUCGUCACCCACCGGCGCGUCCACACUGGGGAGAGGCCCUACAAGUGUCCUGAGUGUGGGAAGAGCUUCUCCAGAAGCUCUCACUUGACCCAACACCAACGGAGGCAUCGGUAAGGGAAGCUGUACGAGUGCCCGAAAUGCAGGAAGAGCUUCGUGCACUGCCCCAGCUCCAUCCCCCAUCAAAGGGCCCGUGUUCCCAGUGAUCUGUGUUGGGAGGACACUGGGCUGGUGGUGCUUUUGUUUUGGCCCUAAUUUUCUUUUGAUUCAUCUUCAUCCCUUUAAAACAUACAAAAUUGGGGUAAAAAUUAACAAAUUCAUCACUUUUUACUUUUUUUUUUUUUUUUUGCUUCAAGGGAAUCUGGGAUUCAAGGAGGUACUUGGGAGGAUUUGGGGAUUGUGGGGGUAUUUGUUGGAGUUGUCUCCAUUUCUUGGCACUCAAAGAGACGAGAGGGUUUGAUCUGUCACCUCAAAACCACUCAAUCCCACUGAAAACUACUCAGUUCCAUCCCAAAAGCACUCAAUUCCACAGCCUUUCAGGGUGUGAUUCCUUAAGUUUUAGCUUUCAUAUUUUUCAUAUUCUGCACUGCCCGGGUUUGUAGUUUUGAACUUCAUAUGAAGUGUUAGUGAGCUCUCUUCACAGAGUAGGUAGACAAAACAAUUCCUUUUCUAGCUUGAUACCAAGGACAGUCAUUA